CUAUUAGCAUUUUUGCUUGGACCUUAUCUGCAUUUCUGUCAUCUCCCUCAACAUUAUCGCUUUCUUACGAGUUUAUUAAUGAUAUUCCAAAAUUUAUUUUAUUUUUUUACUUUUAGAUCUAGAUCCGUUUAUGAGCGUGCUCUCGACACUGAUUACCGCAAUAUUGGUUUGUGGCUUAAAUAUGCCGAAAUGGAAAUGCGUCACAAGCAGAUCAAUCAUGCUCGCAACCUUUGGGAUAGAGCAGUAACUCUAAUGCCUCGCGCAAACCAGUUUUGGUUUAAGUAUGUCUACAUGGAAGAAGCAUUGCAUAAUGUCGCUGGUGCCCGACAAGUAUUCGAAAGAUGGAUGGAAUGGCAACCAGAAGAGCAAGCUUGGCAUGCAUAUAUAAAUUUUGAGUUACGCUAUAAAGAGUUGGAUCAGGCUCGUCUUAUCUAUGAAAGAUUCGUUCUCGUUCAUCCAGAAUCAAGGAAUUGGAUUAAAUAUGCUAAAUUUGAAGAAAGAAAUGGAUUUCUUCCGUCAUCAAGGCGUAUAUUUGAACGUGCUGUGGAAUUCUUUGGUGUUGAUAAUCCUCAGAGUAAAUUGUUGAUUGAAUUCGCUAAGUUUGAGGAAAGACAGAAAGAACACGAAAGGGCAAGAGUCAUCUAUAAAUACGCUUUGAAUAAUCUACCUAAAGAUGAUCGCCAAGAAAUUUAUAAAGCAUAUACCAUACAUGAAAAAAAGUUUGGUGAUAAAUUUGCCAUUGAAGAUGUCAUCCUCAGUAAACGAACGUUCCAGUAUGAAGGAGAAAUUCAAGUCAAUCCACACAAUUACGAUGUUUGGUUUGACUAUGUACGACUCAUGGAAGAAGAAGCUUCUGUGGACGCUACUCGAGAGGUCUAUGAACGCGCUGUUUCUUUUGUACCCCCUAUUAAGGAGAAACGCUAUUGGAGACGUUAUAUCUAUCUUUGGAUUAAUUAUGCCCUCUAUGAAGAACUCUCAUCACAAGAUAUAGAUCGAACUCGUCAGAUAUACCAUGUAGUCUUGGAUCUGGUCCCUCAUACAUGUUUCACAUUUGCGAAACUUUGGCUCUAUGCCUCCAAAUUCGAGAUUCGUCAGAAGCAAUUGACAACUGCCAGAAAACUUUUGGGUUGUGCUUUGGGCAAAUGCCCUAAAGACAAACUUUUUCGCGGCUAUAUUGAACUGGAAAUACAACUUCGAGAGUUUGAUCGAUGCAGGAGACUGUAUGAAAAAUUCCUAGAAUUCGCUCCAGAAAAUUGCACCACAUGGAUGCGGGUGAGCGUUUUCUCGUUAUUUUUACUUAUAUUUGGCACACUUGUUUAUAUUCCAAAUUCUAACAAGUUUACUACGAACACAUUUUAG